GGCACUCAUCUCUCUCUCUCUCUCUCUCUCUCUCUCUCUCUCUCUCAUCUGCCGACAUUUCUAAGGUCGGGAAAACCUCAGGAGAAAGUGCUCUUUGGGAUCUGGUCUCCUUUUGGACACAAAACCCUGCAUCUCAACUCAGUUCUCCAACGGAAAUUCUACGUACACGCCUUUCAAACACGCCUAGCUCUCCGCCUAAUACAACGCACCUGACAAAUACACCACCUAGUAGAAUGGUGUCAAACACGAGCACGAAUAAGGCGCCCCAAAAGAAGGCAGCGCCAGCCACCGCGAAGAAAGGAGGGAAGGCUGCUGCAACUGUAGAUGACGCAGCGAAGAGGGCUGCCAAAAAGAAGGCGGAUGAUGUGGCGAAGAAGGCGGCCCAAAAGAAGGCGGAUGGUGUGGUGAAUAAAGCGGCUGUGGCGACUAAGAAGAGAGUAGGGAAACCCAUGGUGGCUGCGGCAUCAUUUAAGGCUGCGGCAACUGUAGAUAACAUGGCGAAGAAGGUGGCUGCGGCAACCGCGAGGAGAGUAGGCAAGGCCAUGGCGGCUGCGGCAUCAUUUAAUCCUGCUCCGACUGCAUUUUUUGUGGCGGAUGGAGGGUACACGCGUCAGAUACCGGAUCAGACUAGUACUGGUGUCCAUUGUUGCCAUCCUCUGUCAAGAGAUAUUCGGAUCAGUUCAGUAGAGGGCAAAUACAACCACUGUAGAGGGAAAAUUCCAGUAGCUCCGGAUUCCAACUUUCUGGGAUUGCCAAUCCGGCCGGGAAAAAGAGAUUGCUCUUUCUACAUGCUUAAUGGCUUCUGCAGGUACGAAUCAAAUUGUCGGUUUAACCACCCUGAUCCUACUCCAAUGGAAGGAGGUGAUGCCCCUUCUGUUUGUGGCAGUGAUGGAUCUGGUCCAUCACAAGGUGCAUUCCAACCAACUGUGUUCUCCUCAUCGACAGCGAACGAUACUGUUCCUUUUGUCCCACUGGUGUUUUCACCAACCCACAAGGUUCCUCCGUCAAACGUGGAAUGGGAUGGCUAUCAGAACACAACAAUCAUGGAAACUCCACAGCCACACCGCUUUCCCACCACCGCCGUCGUUGCUCCAUCGCCAACAACCACCUCGUCGUCACCUCCGGAGUUGUCCGCAACCAUUGAUAGCAGACUUUCGGCAUCGCCCCCAACCGCAGAUGGCACACCACUGACGUCUCCGAUACUCGUGGAGGAGGAUGAUCCUAAAUUGAUUAAAGCAUCGCGUUCUAAGAUUCUUUGUGAGAAAAUGGAAAAAUUGUGCGCUCGAUCAUGUGAAUUGCAAGCUGCAUUUGAGUUCGUAAACACCACGAUGGACUACAUGUGUGCCGAAGUGGAUAAAAUGUUCCUAGAGGAGGGAGACUCCAUUGACAAGGGAAUCGAACAGUUAGAAGUGCUUGAUCCUGAGUCUCUACAAGUCAAUGGUUUGAAGAAAACAGUCAAGUUACGUAGAAUUAGGCGUAGAUUGAGAAAAAUGGUUAUUUCCAAACCUACCCGUCUUGGUCAGGCGACGAGAGCUUAGUCAUUCUUGCAAGAACGACGAGGCCAACGCGAUUGCACUUGGAUCAUCUCCAAUGGGUGUGGCAUCUCAUGUAUUUAGUGGUGUGUGCUAAGAAUUAAUAACAAAUGUAUGUGUGUUUUAAAUGCUCCGAUGAUUGUUCUAUUUUGUGUGCUAGAGUGUACUAGUCUAGGAGUGUGCUACAAAGUAUGUGAAAUUUUAGUAACCUCUUGGCAUACUUUGAGAGCGAAGGAGAUGAGAGAGGAAGGGGGAGUGGCGUGAGAAGAAAAAAAAAACAUCAUUACAUAAUAAAUAUGCAAGCACAUGUGUAUAUUUUAAUGCAUCUAA